GGACCAACCCUAAAGCGAAAAUAUUAUGAAUGGGUCAUUUGUGGCCCGUAUCCAUCCGGAUCACGAUGACCAACGGGUCGGUUCUAAAUCCAUUUUCGCAGUUUCAGCUGCUGUUGAGAGCUGAAGAGCUAAUCUUUAAUUCUUUCUCACUCAAUCCUUAAACCCUAAUAAUUUCCCCUCUUCUUCGUCCAUCAAUUUCAGGGAAAAUGAAACUCGUCCGAAGCGCCCUGUGGUCUGCCAACGCCGUUUUGUCUCAUCAGUUUCAGAGCCCUCGUGUUGUUCGAGCAUUUUCAGCUAGCGCGUCUCCUGUUAGUGAUGAUUGGGACAGAGUCAACUCGUCUGAUUUCUUUGGGGAUUCUCAGCAAGGCAAUUCUGGCGAUGUGAAUUCCUCUAGAAUGACUUCCUUUUACGGCAAGCUUGGAAAGCUUGAGAAGGCGGCACAUGAUGCAUAUGGGAUGGGAGGAGUUUUCGGUGAUAAUAUGAAUUCAUUGGCAGACGGGAUGGACUAUAAAUUAAAGAAAGCUGCCACCUACUUUGAGUUUGAUCCAUUCGAAGUGACUAGAGAUGAUUAUACUUUCAGGCCUGAUGUUAAUUUCCAGAGUGGGAUGUCUUAUGAAACCAAGGAUCUUGAUCUGAGAAAGCCUGGAGUGCGUAAGCCUAGCAAAAGGAUGGAGUUUGUAACAACAACAAAGGAAGUAUUACGAGAAGCUGAUUUCAGGAAUGUCAAAUUCCUAGCAAAGUUCAUCACUGAGGCUGGCAUCAUCGACAAGAGGAGUAAGACUGGAAUCAGUGCCAAGGCUCAGAGGAAAGUUGCCCGUGAGAUCAAGACUGCUCGUGCAUUUGGCUUGAUGCCUUUCACCACAAUGGGAACAAAACAAUUCAAAUACGGGGAUACAAUGGAAGCCAUGGAUCGUGAUUUUGAAUUCGAGCCCUCGUAUGAUCACACUUUUGUCGAGGAAGGAGCGGAUGCUUGAAGAUCAGGUGCUCCAUAUCAUAAGUCUUUUUGCUUUUAUAUGAAACUUCUCUUAGAAAAUAUUUCAAACAUUAGUUGUUACAUCAGAUUAGCUUCUAUAAUGUGCUUCUUCAAUCUGGAUUUUGUAGUUAGAUUUUGUGCCAAAUCCACUUUUCUUCUUCUUGUGAGAGCUGCCCAGUUUUUGCAGAAGCUCAAACUGUUCAUCAAUGGCGACUCUGGUCGUAGAGUUGCGUCGAGUUUCUUUAUUUUGCAUUCUCGAGUGCUCGUUGAAUUAUUAGCAUAGGUCGUAUUACGAAGUUGUAACGGAAAAUAAUUGCUGAAUAUUUACAUCAAAUAUAGCAUCUAUAAUAAAAUGUACCUAGUCGAUUGACUCA